CUGCCGGCUAGUUCAGCUCGCGAGAUUGUCUGCUGCGAUCACUAGAUAUUUGCGGGCUGCAGCCUUGAGAAUUUUUUUCCUGUAUCACUUGACAGGAAGAUUCCAACGUCCGAUAGCGCAGCAACGUGUCACAGUGAAGUUUGCAUACUCCAAAGGAAGCAUCGCAGGACCGCCGAGGUAGUCAGAUUACGAAAACAAGAGUGAAGGAUUCCAAGUUCACGGUCCGCUACGACGAUUCCCCGUCUCCUACGUGUCUGUGUACUUCCCGAUCGUGGACGUCAAGAUUAGAUUAGGAAAUACCGGCGAGGGAGAGUGCGUGUGGUAUCAACCUCAGCAAAGGCCCCAAACAGCCUCUAAGACAAACAAGAGAGGGAGCCCGUCCUGUUGCACGAACUUGCUCAACAGGAAAUUUGAACUUUGUGAAACAGAAUCAGUCCGACCUUGUGCUUCGAACUGUCAUCAUGUCGAAAAUUCAGUCGUGGUUCUUACGAAGCAGGAAAAAAUUAUUCGCCUUGGGUAUUCAAUGCUCGAGCAAGCGUACUGGGUGCACAUGUGGGCCCGUCGUCGACAUCCUCGGAGAUGAGAUGACCAGGGUGAUAUGGGACGACAUCAAGCAGAAGCUGAUCUUCCCCUUCCUGGAUGUUCAGCUUCACACGUUCGACCUGGGCAUCGAGAACAGGGACAAGACGAACGACCAAGUCACCGUCGACUGUGCCCACGCCAUCCAGAAAUACAACGUGGGCAUCAAGUGCGCCACCAUCACGCCCGACGAGAAGCGAGUGGAGGAGUUCCACCUGAAGCAGAUGUGGCGUUCGCCCAACGGAACGAUCCGUAACAUCCUCGGGGGCACGGUCUUCCGGGAGGCCAUCAUCUGCAAGAAUGUUCCGCGCCUGGUCACCGGCUGGUCGAAGCCCAUCAUCAUCGGCCGUCACGCCUUCGGAGACCAGUACAAGGCGACGGACUUCGUGGUACCGGGACCCGGUACGCUGGAGCUGAAGUACACCCCGAAGGCCGGGGGUUCUCCGCUGAACUUCACCGUGUACGAGUUCGAUGGUUGCGGCGGUGUUGCGUUGGCGAUGUACAACACAGAUAAGUCUAUCACGGACUUUGCUCAUAGUUCAUUCCAGUUUGCGCUCCAAAGAGUUUACCCCCUUUACCUCAGUACCAAGAACACAAUUCUCAAGAAAUACGACGGGAGGUUCAAGGACAUCUUCCAGGAGAUAUACGAAAAGGAAUACAAGGCACAGUUUGAGGCGAAGGGAAUAUGGUACGAACAUCGCCUCAUCGACGACAUGGUGGCUCAGGCUAUGAAGUCUUCCGGAGGAUUUGUCUGGGCUUGCAAGAACUACGACGGGGACGUGCAGUCUGACGCUGUAGCUCAAGGCUACGGGUCGCUGGGCAUGAUGACCAGCGUGCUGCUGUGCCCUGAUGGGAAAACAAUAGAAGCUGAAGCUGCCCACGGUACAGUGACUCGCCACUAUAGACUUCACCAGAAGGGUCAAGAGACAUCCACAAACUCUGUCGCCUCCAUUUUUGCCUGGACCCGUGGCUUGCUUCACCGUGCCAAAUUGGACGAGAACAACGAACUGGCAAAGUUCGCUGAUGCCCUGGAAAAAGUCUGCGUUGAGACGAUCGAAGCCGGGUUCAUGACGAAAGAUCUGGCAAUUUGCGUCAAGGGUGACACAAAUGUUGAGCGCAGCAGCUACUUAAACACAUUUGAGUUCUUGGACAAGGUGGCCGAGAACUUGAGGAAGAAACUCGGAAAGUGACUAUACGAUUGCAAGCUAUGACCUCUGCAAGAGCACGCAACCGUACUGCUGCCUUUUAUUCACAAACUCUCGAGGAAUAUUUCUUUUUUGCCAGGGGUUUACAAACUUGGCAUUUUGGUAUGGGAUGUCUGUUUAUAUACUUGUUGAUUUUAUUAAAAAAGAGUGAAGUAAACCCAAUGAAAUGAUUGUU